GCGAGUGGUGGAGCGGAGGUCGCGGACGCACUGGGGUCGAGGCCUCCCGGGAGAGCGCGGCCAGAGCCUCGCUGGGAGGGGAGGGGCCGGGGGCGUGGAGAGCGGAGGAAAGGCCGAUCCGGCCCGCGACAGGUUUUACCGCUGAGCGCUUGGCAGUGCCGCGGCAGACAGCUCGCGCCACCUGUCCGAGUGCCACCUGGUGAGCGCGGGCCCGGGGGCCAAGCCCCUCCCCCGCGGCCGGCUGCGCCCCUCCCUGGCCGCCGCUGUCCCCGCGUCUGGGUGCCCAGUCCUGGCCCCGAGGGCUGUGGCCAGCGUUUGCACCUUCUUCUCCCCUCCUCUCAGAUCUCUGCCAGACCGAGGCCGAACAAGCGCUGCAAGGGACCGCGUGGGCAGCGGCUUGCGGGAACCGUCGGAGCGGGCCGGGGAAGGCGGCGCGCCACCAUGCCGCGCUCUUUCCUCGUCAAGAGCAAGAAGGCUCACAGCUACCACCAGCCGCGCUCCCCGGGGCCAGACUACUCCCUGCGUUUAGAGAAUGCCCCGGCGCCCGGCCGAGCAGACCGCACUUCGAGUGCAGGCGAGCCGAAAGCGGAGCCCCGGGGCCGUUUGUCCCCCGAAUCUCAGCGGACCGAGGCUCCCGACAGGGCGUCCGCGUCCCCGGACAGCUGCGAGGGCAGCGUCUGCGACCCGGGCUCCGAGUUCGAGGACUUGUGGAGGCCGCCUUCGCCCUCCGCGUCCCCAGCCUCGGAGAAGUCGUUGUGUCCGUCUCUGGACGAAGCCCAGCCCUUUUCCCUGCCUUUCAAGCCCUACUCGUGGAGCGGCCUGGCGGGCUCCGACCUGCGGCACCUGGUGCAGAGUUACCGGCCGUGCGCGGCCCUCGAGCGCAGCGCCGGCCUGGGCCUCUUCUGCGAGCGCGCCCCGGAGCCCGGCCACCCCGCUGCGCUCGGCGCGGGCCUAGGGCUCUACGGCGACCUCGGGCCUGCAGCAGCCGGGCUGUACGAGCGGCCGCCUGCAGCGGGCCGGCUGUUCCCGGAGCGCGGCCGCGAGCUACACGCGGACAAGGGCGCUGGCGUCAAGGUGGAGUCCGAGCUGCUGUGCACCCGCCUGCUGCUGGGCGGCGGCUCCUACAAGUGCAUCAAGUGCAGCAAGGUGUUCUCCACGCCGCACGGGCUCGAGGUGCACGUGCGCAGGUCCCACAGCGGCACGAGACCCUUUGCCUGCGAGAUGUGCGGCAAGACCUUCGGGCACGCGGUGAGCCUGGAGCAGCACAAAGCCGUGCACUCGCAGGAACGCAGCUUUGACUGUAAGAUCUGUGGCAAGAGCUUCAAGAGGUCAUCCACACUGUCCACACACCUGCUCAUCCACUCAGACACUCGGCCCUACCCCUGUCAAUACUGUGGCAAGAGGUUCCACCAGAAGUCGGACAUGAAGAAACACACCUUCAUCCACACCGGUGAGAAGCCCCACAAGUGCCAGGUGUGCGGCAAGGCGUUCAGCCAGAGCUCCAACCUCAUCACGCACAGCCGCAAGCACACAGGCUUCAAACCCUUCGGCUGCGACCUGUGUGGGAAGGGUUUCCAGAGGAAGGUGGACCUCAGGAGGCACCGGGAGACGCAGCAUGGGCUCAAAUGAGCACCUUGGCUGGCUGCAGACAGCAGUGACGCAACACUACAGGGGCAGCUUCUGCUUUCUCCCAGCCCUUUGGACUUCUCAGGCCCCCCAGUCCCGUCCGAAGCUCCCACCAGAGUGAGCCCCCUUCACCUUACUUCCCGGACCUACGAGAGGGCAUCAGGUACUUUUUGGAGCUCUUCCCAGAGUGGGAAGCAUAGCACCUGGCUAGGCCUUAGCCUCCUGUACGUGAAGAUGUAGAGUCAGGUGGGGAGAAGAUAAAAGCUUGGCCCCACAGCCCUUCCCAUAUCCAUUCUUUUCCAUAGACAGAAAAGUCCCUCAGGUGUCCUCCUCUUCCUGAGUCCCCAGAUCACUGAUGGAAGAGGAACAGUCACCAUUGACAAGCAGACACGCGUUAAUGCUUGUACCUGCAGAAAAAAGAGUGGUUUUUUCUUUCUUUCUUCUGGGAACUCUGUUAACCCCUUUCUGUUGGGCGCUGCCUGUAAUGUAACUCUUGGAGGAAUUGUUUCUCCUCCUUGAAGACUGGUUCAGAAACUGAUUUGGGGAAGGAGCUUUAUUCUUUCAAAAUCACCAGAUGCACCAUUGUGCUUACCCAGGAAGAAGCAAAAGAAAGCCGACUUGGUAGUAAGAGAGGAUCUGAGGUCCUCUUGGCAAGAGGCCUGUGAGGGGCUCCUCAGAUGUAAAAAAAAACGUGGAACGAUGCCUGUGGACACGAUGUCAUUCAGUCACUCAGCAACUAUUUGUUGACCUCUGUUACCGAGGUCCUAGGCUCCUGCUAGGCACUGGGGAGCCAGAGAUUAAAGUCAUAGCUCUGCCUCUCAAAUCUAACAGCUGCAGCCUCAAAUGAUUGAGGUCUGUUCUUGUCCUCCGGUGGAUUUCUGAGAAGACAAUCCAGAAUCUCAAAGCUGCCCUUUCAGCCCUUCUGGAUUUUAUACAGUGUAAACAAGAAAGUAACUGCAGAGUUACUUCAAAGUUUUUAUUGCUAACCUGAUAUUUUUAAGAUGUGUGCAUGGUAGGCAUGUGUGUGUGUAGGGGGGUGAAGGCUCUGUCUUUAACUCUUCGGCCUUCCAUGUGUACCAUAUAAGGGAAAAUGAUAUUUUUACUUUGAUUAGGUUUGUACAUGUUUUUAGAUUUCUGGAGUGUGUCAUGUUUGUUAAUACAUAUUUAUUAGAGUGAUGUUUAAAUUAAUAAAGUAUUAAAACUA